CCUCUCGGUUUAGGCAAUUGAUGGUUGACUUUCUCCCUCACUCAACUCACGGGUUGGACGGCUUAAUCACGCUUAACCAACUUGCUUAAUUCAACAUUGAGGUGCGCCCUAAAUUAACCUAGUUAGGUGGCUUAAAAAAGCUAAAGGAAAACCAACUCGAUUGAGUCUCCCUUGGAUGGGGGAAUUUCCUCUCUUAUAUAGGUUAAAGUGGCUAAUUAGAUUGGUAAGCACCAACAUGCACAAACCUAAGGAUGCUAAGCACAAUUAUGCACAAUCCUUAGGUUGCUAAGCACCAACAUGCACAAAUCUAAGGAUGCUAAGCACAAAACAUGCACAACCCUUAGAUUGCUAAGCACAAGCAUGCACAAUCAAUAUGAAUAAUACCUCAAUCAUUGAAUUAGACAAUAACCAAUGACAAUCAUUCAAUUCACAUAAAAGAAACUACAUGGUAGCUAGUUAGGGUUUCACAACACCCAAGUGAAGAGAAAUCUACUCAAUGCUAGAGAUGAGACAAACACAAGGAGAAGAUGUAGAAACCAUCUUGAAGGAGGCUUCGAAUCUUCUAGACACUUGUGCUCAACUUCUCUUGAGGAGAGUCUUCCCAAAUUCCACUUCUAAUCUCCCUAGCCUCCUUAUCCUUUGGUUCGUCUUUCUCUCUCUAAAAAUCUGAAGAAGGCUUUCUCACACAAUGGGCUCUCCCUUCUCUCUUCCUUUCAGCUCAGCUUUGAAACAGUGAACGAUCUCAGUUCACAGCCUUGAACUCCAAAGUGCGUCCGUGAACUGAAGAUGGGCGUCGAAAUGGACCGUUUUGCUUCCACGUCUUCACGGCCAACAACUCCUGUUCACGGUCUUAGCGACCGUGAACUCAAUUAGCGUCAUUAACUUGCAUUUUGGCUCUAGACGCCUCAAACUUCACGGCCAACGGCUCUUCUUCACGUUCAUACAACAUCGUGAAUAGCCAAGGAAAACCGUUAACUAUCCGUGUUUCACCUCUUCUCCCGGUUUUUGCUCCUUUUCGUCCAACUUUCGACUUUGGGGCUGGUUUCACCUAUUAAAUCCUGAAAUACGCUAAAACACGAGAAACCUAGCGCAAAACCACCAUUUUAGGAGCACAAUUGCCACAAAUUACUAAGGAAAACGGGGGCAAAACAUGUACAAUUAUGCCCAAAUCAGGAUUUAAACCUCAUUUAUGGACAAAGAAUCAUGCAAGCUUGUCAUGAAAAGAAAGGGGACUAGACUACGAGCGUCUGGGAUCAAACGACGACUAAUUCAGAGUCCGGACGAGGGAGAAACAAAGCAUCAAAUAUAGUAGAACAUGUUCGGAGGAAGAAACACGGGCAGGAGAAACAUGGCCAUGUUUUUCCCUCCCGUGCCAAUGUUUUAUUGCCGAGAAGAAACACGGGCAGGGCAGAAACACGACCGUGUUUCUGCACCCUACUCGGGUGUAAGUCCUUUGUCUGCGAUUUUUGAGAGAGAGAGCUGGGUUUUUGGAUCCCAAACACCCAAGGGACGACCAUGGAGUGAGAGAGAGCAACUUGGGUACAUUCUUGGAGCUAUUUUGGAGGAUUUCUUUGCCAUUGGAGCUCGGGAAUCAAGCUUGGAGAUGGAAAUUGAAGAUCUAGAUCAGAUUUCGGCAUUCUCCCUCUUCUCUAUGGAGUAAUUUCCUUUCACUUAGGUUUUGAGGAACCCUUGUUCCAUGUGUUAGGAUCUUUCUUGUAUGAACUUUUGGGUGCUAUAUCGUUUGAUUUUAAUCAAUUAAGGCAUGAUUUGUUGAGUCAAUUGGAUCUUGAUCAUAUUAUUUUGAUUUUUGCUUUAUCCUAUGAUAGAUAGAAUCUAAUUAGGUUAAGAGAGCUUCCUUGAUUGAUAGUAGUGAACUGAUUGUGCGAGAGUCAAUAAAUUAACUCCUUUGUACUGGAAUUCGUUCCAAGUAGUGGAGAUCUGUGUGAAUCGCCUUAGAAUCCAACUCGAUGAAGGCUAGUCGCCUGCCGGAUAAUCUGUCUAGGAGGGUUUGGUCAGCUUAAGAGAUUCCAUGCUACUUUCGGAUCUUCCGCAGUCUAAUCAACAGUAAAACAACCAAAGGAAAUUACAACGUGGGCCUAAAUGUGGAGCUAGGGGGAAUCAUACCUAAGUGAGUUCCCAACCUGUAAUUAGUAGAGUAGUUAGUAGAGUAGUUUAGUAAAUCAAUCCUUAAUCUAUUUUGCUAGAUAAUGAAUUGAAGCUGGGUAAUAGUAAAUCUAGAGACCCGUGGAUUUGAUAUUUAUUACUUGUGUCACUAUAAUGCAACCCCUUUCAUUGGUUACUCUUGGCCAUUGUAAGGAGUUGUGUUUUAGCGAGUCAAGUUUUUCGUGCCGUUGCCGGGGACUUUCUAGAUUAUUAGGAAAGGUAGAAGUUUGUUACUUUAGCGUUUUUCUUUUCCUUUCCACCCUUGCUUUUCACUUGGGUGUUUUGUUUUUGUUGGUGCAGAUUUGAAACAUGGAUCCUCAUGGCUUCUCCAACCAUUGGGGGUAUUAACCACCAUCCGGUUGGUAUUACCCCGAGAUUUCCUGGAGCAAUCAAGGAGUAGAAGACUAUGGAUUCGGGUUUCAAUACCAACCACUCUUCUAUGAAGAACAAUUAGACCCUUGGUCAUUUCAAGAACAAUCUCCUUAUCAAGAAGAAUUCCUCCCUCAGCCAGAUCCAAACUAUCACUUGAGGCUUCUCGUAGAGCAGAUUGAUCAAGUACUUUAGAGAUCAUUUCCAAAGAUGGAUAUCUCGGUGUCUCGCAGAAAACUACACCACAAAUUAAUCCCAACAAGAGCCCAAGUUUUUAAACUCUAGCCGGGGGCAGUAUAAGGCAAGUAUUUAAAUUGUCAACCCAGGCCGGUCCAUGUACCCCUACUUCAAUCGCUUAAUGAUAGACCAUUAAUUACACAUGUUUUCACCCCUGUUCUUACACCGUUUGAGAUGUGGUUUCUCGUGUUUUAGACCGAUUUCACGCUAGGUUGUGCUUGUUUGUGAUAUUUCAGGUCCUAGCAAGUGAAUGAAGUUUAGGAGCGAGUUCGGGGUCGAUUGGGCGAAGAUCGGGCGCGAGACAAGUCACAAAGGAGGUCACACGGGCACACCCACAACUCACACGGCCGUGCAAGUGACCACUUUGGCCGUGUGAGAUUGUGCGAGAGCAAACACGGCUUGUCCUGAUGUUCACACGGCCGUGUGAAGGAGUGGUUUGGCCGUGCGGGUUUCGCCGAGAGCAAACACGGGCAGAUGGAAAUCUCACACGGCCGUGCGACCCUGGUCGUGUGAGAAGCCUGAAGAUCGAACUAAUUGGAACGCAGCGUUUUGACUCACACGGGCAACUGGGUAAGCCACACGGCCGUGCAACCCUGGCCGUGUGAGUCGGGAUUUUCUGCUUUUAAGCAGAUUUUCAGCCACAAGUCAAGGGGAUUCGAGUUUUUGAGAGAGAGAACGAUUCCUAGAGAGAGAAAGCGACGGACAAGAGUCUCCAAGUGCCCUAGAUUGAUCUUCAACACCAUUGGAGGCCAGUUUGAGCUUGGAGAAGUGCCGAUCAACGUCCAGAAGCAGGAAUCCAUCCUUCACAGUAUGAAUUCCGCGUCUGAUUCUGCUUUUGUUUUUUUCUCCUUGGAGUAGUUCUCCCAUUCAUCUGGGUAUGGAGAACCCUAGAUUUGUAUGUUAGGCUUUGAUUGUAUGAACCCAAGUACUGAUUCUAUGAUUGAUUAUAUUCGAUUGAGGGUUGAAUGAUUGAAUGACUUGAAUCCUGAUCAAAUUCCUGUUGUUUCUGCUUUAACCUAGAAUGAGAAUAUCUGCAUAGGUUGAUAGAGCAUCCUUGAUUGAAGGUAGGGAGUUGGUGACUUUAUUCGAGGAGCCAACUCACUAUUCUGUACCUGAUUUACUCUGGUAGUGGAGGUUUUGUUUGUUAAGGCCUCAAUCUGUUUACUCCGGUGGAGGUUAGUCGCCCGCUAGAGACUCAGAUUGAGAGGGUCUGAAGAACUUUAGUCGAGACUUCGGGCUGUUUAAGAACCUUCCGCAGUAUAACUAUCAUAGAAACUGAACUUGGUAAUAACAAUCCGGCUUAACUGCAGUCUAGGGGGAACCAUGUCCGGGUGACCUCUCUUAACUUGAAUACAACCGUUUGUUUGCUUUGUUUGUUUGGUAGUUUAGACUUGCAUUCCAGUUUCAUUGCUAGAUAACAAGAAUUCACUGAGUAGUCAUCAAAUCUAGGACCCGGGUUGAUAAUUAAACCUAAACCCGCUAUACUACGCUUUAGGAAGUGGUUUUACUUGGCCAAUUCCUAGGGUGACAGUAGAAGUGAGUCAAGUUUUUGGCGCCGCUGCCGGGGACGGCUAGGUUGUUGAAGAAAAGUAAUUUCUGUUA